AUGUCGACUCACUUCCGCCCGCGCACAGUAGCAUCGUUAUCUCCUGUCCGCCCACCAACCUCUUAUAGCACGCGCUCGACCGUCCGCGCCGUCACACCGUCACCGGAUAGCUUGAAAGAAACUCUCAAACGCGGGUUCGCAGAUCAGGGUACUCCUGCGCCUGAGAGUGAUACGCCGCCACCACCUAUGAGUGAGAACGGUGAUUCUGCGGCGAGGAACGAUCAAGAGCUCUUUGCAAUAUACGUGGAACAUGCUGAGAACGACAACUUUCCCACAUACCCUACCUCUCCCAGUCUCCAACGCGGCGGCGUGAAACUAGGCCGCACUUCCCCGCAAAAGUCACGCUCGCGCUCUCCGCGCAAACGUCCGUCCAGCACACCCUCUCAUCUGCCUUCGCAUCGGGAUUCCUCGGCACUUGAGGAGCUCUCAUGUCCUGAUACGCCCUCCCCUGUGACGCGCGAGCAGCAACGACUUGCAUAUGCACCGCUUCAGAUCUCCACCACUGCGCAGAACGAGAUGAAACGGACGGAACCGCUUCGAAAGACACGCUCAAAGCCUUUGUUGUCCAAGACGCACAUGGAGACUCGCCAUCACGCCCCACAGCCGUGUAAGCCAAUCACCAUCAACAGUCUGGAGCAACACAUGAGCGUCUCGAGACAAAGUAACAUCACCCACGUCUCUGUGGCAUCGAAGCGCACUGUGUUUCUCACGCUUGGUAGGGAUGAGAUGGAGCGGAAGAAAGCAUUGGUGGAGACGGAUGAAGGCCCAUUUGCGAGGGCAGUGGAUAUGCAGGAUCUCGAAGAGAGGAGGGUGAGAGUUGGUGAGGGUCAAGACUUGUACAAAAAGAAGAGUAGGAAGGGUUGUGGCGGUGGCUGUAGUAUCAUGUGA